AUGAAGCAAUCCAGCAUGGAGAAGAAGAAGCUCAAGAGCAUCAACGACCUCCUUCCUCCGGAACUGAUACGAGCAAUCUUACUGAGGAUUCCCAUCAAACACCUUGUGUGCGUCAGGUGCGUUUCCAAGCUAUGGAACACUCUCAUCUGCGAUCCCAAUUUCGUAAAAUCCCAUCUUGAUCACUCUCUCGCACCCUCCCAUAGAUGCCUCUUCCUCCAAGGCAAUUCUCACGCUUCCUCCGUUGACCUCGACGCACUGCUUCAAGAUGAUAAUGAUGGCGUUGAUGCAAUGGCCCUCUCUCUCCCUUUCAAGAAGAAGCCACCUCCUAAUGAUUUCUGUCUUGUUGGUUCCUGCAGAGGGUUCGUACUCUUACACUGCGAACCACAGUUUUUUAUCCUAUGGAACCCACUCACUGAUUCCAGCAAGAGAGUUUCAUACUCUCAUAUGGUUAAUGCCGCAACAAGCUAUGAACGCUUCUCCGUUCGCCGUGAAGCGCUUCUAUAUGGCUUUGGUUAUGAUGCGUCACAAGAUGAUUAUGUAGUAGUUGUAGCAUAUAAGGGUAAAGACGGCGAAAACCAUUUUGUUCUGUGUUGUUUGAGAAGCAAUUCAUGGAUUAAUCUUGAUGUUGCACUUCCCAAAUUACUGGACUGCCAAGGACUUUUUCAACCAUAUCUGGGCCGGAACAACUGGCAUGCUCCUAUCCAAGUAUCGCCGUACUACGAGGCUGCCUAG